CUUUUCCUCUGUGGUGGCCCUGGGAGCCAGCAUCAUCUGUAACAAGAUCCCAGGUCUUGCCCCCCGGCAGCGGGCGAUCUGCCAGAGCAGGCCCGACGCUAUUAUCGUCAUCGGGGAAGGGUCCCAGAUGGGCAUCAACGAGUGCCAGUUCCAGUUUCGCAACGGGCGCUGGAACUGCUCUGCCCUGGGAGAGAGGACCGUCUUCGGGAAGGAGCUGAAAGUGGGUAGCAGAGAAGCAGCAUUCACAUAUGCCAUCAUUGCUGCUGGAGUAGCACAUGCAAUCACGGCUGCCUGUACACAGGGCAACCUGAGUGACUGUGGUUGUGACAAAGAAAAACAAGGACAGUACCAUAAAGAGGAAGGAUGGAAAUGGGGAGGCUGCUCUGCUGACAUCAGAUACGGAAUAGGAUUCGCCAAAGUGUUUGUGGAUGCCCGGGAGAUUAAGCAAAAUGCAAGGACCCUCAUGAACCUGCACAACAACGAGGCCGGGCGGAAGAUUCUGGAAGAAAACAUGAAGUUAGAGUGCAAGUGCCAUGGGGUCUCAGGAUCCUGUACCACUAAAACAUGCUGGACAACCCUGCCUAAAUUCCGGGAGCUGGGCUACAUCCUUAAGGACAAAUACAACGAAGCUGUUCAAGUCGAACCAGUGAGGGCAAGUCGUAACAAGCGUCCAACCUUCCUCAAAAUAAAAAAGCCACUUUCCUAUCGCAAACCCAUGGAUACAGAUUUAGUGUACAUAGAAAAAUCUCCCAAUUAUUGUGAAGAAGACCCUGUCACUGGCAGUGUGGGAACGCAGGGAAGGAUGUGCAACAAGACAGCCCAGCAGUCCAAUGGCUGCGAUCUGAUGUGCUGUGGUCGAGGUUACAAUACACACCAGUACUCAAGAGUGUGGCAGUGCAACUGCAAAUUUCAUUGGUGCUGCUAUGUUAAAUGCAACACAUGCAGUGAAAGAACAGAAGUAUAUACCUGUAAGUGAGUACGUGGCUGGGCAGGCUGACCAUGUCCCUGGCCACGAAUACAUUUGCACAUGCACUCAACGUACCUACGCAAGACUGUAGGAAAGACCUGCUCUCCCAGAAGAAAUGCUGAUGAAUGGAGCCCUCUCUUUUCUUCUCAUGUUUCAUUGCUUAUGUCGAUACACAUUUCAGACUCUUAACAAAAGUCAGCCAAGAAACAAAAACAAACAAACCCCACCCCGAGCCACCUGACACACAAAAGAGAGAAAAAGAUCAUCUCAGUUAAUCUGCACCUCUAAAGCAAGAAGCAUUGACUGCCUUGUGAAGAGACACCAGUCAGAGAAAAAUCUCUGAGCGUGGCAAUUAACUCUUUGUUUGGAAAAAAGACGGUCAAAAACUUCAGUCUAUAAGGAGCAGGGAGGGGUAGGGGAGAAAUCCUCAAAAAAGGGCUUUGCACAGGAUCUGAUGGACAGUGCCCAACGUGAAUUGCCCAUGCGAGUGUGUGGAUGACACGGAUUUAGGCUUCUACACUUGUGAAAAGCUUCUGCUGGUCUUGUCCAUCUUACCACUUCAUACCACUUGCUACAGCGAGUAGAACUAUUGAAGUUUUCUGUAGACACUGCUUUAUCUGCCUAUUUUGUGUGUGUGUGUGCUGCAGAUUUUAGCACAGGGAUUUGGGACACUUGGGCAUAAUAAUAGCAAUAUUUAACAAUUUAUUCAGAUAAAACUAAUAUUAAUUUAUUUAAUUAAAAAGAACUCUACCAACAUUUUUGGAACUAUUCUGCAAUUAAAGUAGAUA